UUUGGCUCAGCCCGCGCCAACCCGUCCCGACGCGGAACGACCGUCUUCCUCGACACCGCGCUGAUGCAGGCAAAGUUCUUGGCCGAUGCUGCGAAGCUCCCAAAGCGCACGCCCGCAGGUUUCUCUCUCUUCGCCUCGCUGCCCACAAGCAUUCCGGCGGGUGGCAAGGGCGUGGUGAAGACCGGCCUGGCCAUUGCCAUUCCUGAGGAGACCUACGCGCGGGUGGCCCCGCUGAGUCGAUGGGCCGAGCGCAUGAUCCAGACCGGCGCUGGAGUGGUGGACUACGACUACCGCGGGGAGGUGGGUGUGGUUCUCUUCAAUCAUGGACCGGAGGAGCCCCUGGUGGCGGACAAACACGAGUGGGAGGAGGAGGAGGAGGAGCUCUCAGUCACUGCCGGCGACGAAGUGGCGUAUCUCAUUCUCGAGAAGAUUUCCAUGGCCGGAUGCCGAGAGGUUGAGUCCUUGGACGAGACCUUGCGUGGCACUGGUGGCUUCGGAAGCACGGGCAUCUCUGGUGAGGCGCCGGCCAAGCGUCAGCGAAGCGAAGCGCAGGAGUUGCCUUUGCAGCGUGGAGAGGAGAUGCUGGUGAAGCGCUCGACAUCCACUGCGGUCCUGCCGGUCCGCGGUUCUGCUGCAGCUGCAGGCUUUGACCUUGCAGCCGCUGAGGCCACGGUGAUCCCUGCUGGUGGCAAGGGCAUUGUGAAGACUGGGCUUUCGAUUGCCAUUCCAGAGGGGACGUAUGCAAGGGUGGCUCCUCGUUCUGGCCUUGCUGUCAAGAAGAUGAUUCAUGCAGGAGCUGGGGUUGUGGACUACGACUACCGCGGGGAGGUGGGCGUGGUCCUCUUCAACCACGGUGCUGAGGACUUUGCUGUGGCCACUGGUGAUCGCGUAGCGCAGCUGAUUCUCGAGAAAAUCAGCAUGACAACUUGCCGAGAAGUCGAGUCCUUCGAGGAAGCUACUCAUGGACUGGAGGAGAUGCUGGUGAAGCGCCUCACGCCCUCGGCUGUGCUUCCGGCUCGUGGAUCCAAAGCAGCUGCAGGUUUCGACCUCGCGGCCGCAGAGGCUACUGUCAUCCCUGCGGGUGGUCAGGGCCUGGUGAAGACUGGGAUUUCCAUCGCCAUUCCAGAGGGAACAUAUGCAAGGGUGGCUCCUCGUUCUGGCCUUGCAGUGAAGAAGAUGAUUCACACCGGAGCUGGUGUAGUGCACCACGCCCACCGCGGGGAGGUGGGUGUGGUCCUCUUCAACCACGGUGCAGAGGACUUCGCCGUGUCCGUGGGCGAUCGCGUGGCGCAACUGAUCCUCCAGCAGAUCUCUUUGGUCGACUGCCAAGAAGUGGCGUCGCUGGACGAGACGCUGCGCGGCGCGGGCGGCUUUGGCUCCACCGGUGUGGCCACCACCGCUGUGCCAAAGCAGGAGCCUGAGGCGCCUCAGCCACCGGUCGGUCGUGCUGGUGCGUAACGACCCGGUACGUCAGUUGUGAUGUGAGAUUCUGGAGAUUCCAAGAAUCAGGGGGUCAUUGAUCAAAGUCGACGUCUGACUUUGCGGGAAAA